AUGUGGCAGAAGGCCUGGUCAACUGCGAUAGAUGCCGCUCUCCUCCUUUCUGGUGCCAUAGUUGGAACGGAUAUACCCCAGUGUAGACUCCUGCCCGGCGACGUAGCGUGGCCGAGUACAGAUGCUUGGUCGACAUUGAAUAACUCUAUUGAUGGUCGCCUCAUCAAGCCUAUUCCCAUCGGGGCCCCAUGCCACCACCCCAAUUACGACGCAGAGCAAUGCGAGAUUGUCCGCAAAAAUUGGCGUCAACCAGCCUUCCAUGAACUCCAUCCGUCCUCUAUUAUGGAUCCUAUUUUCCUGAAUAAAACGUGUGAUCCCUUCACCGAUCCGUCUAUCCCAUGUAGUAGGGGUCCAUACGUGGAGUACACUGUCAAUGUCACCAAACCAGAACAUGUCAUCAAGACUCUGAAAUUCGUCGAAGAACACAAUCUUCGCUUCGUAAUCAAGAACACAGGCCAUGACUACAUGGGUAGGUCAACUGGAGCCGGCGCCGUGUCCGUUUGGAUGCAUCACCUCAAGGGUAUAACAAUAAUCGAUAAUUACGACUCUCCGUCUAGCUCGUAUAAGGGUGCAGCCGUCAAAGUCAGCGCCGGAGUAACCGGAGAAGAACUUGUCGGUGUAGUCGAUAAGCAUGGUCUUGCUAUUGUCAGUGGUGAAUGUCCAACGGUUGGCUUCGCCGGCGGAUACAUCCAAGGCGGAGGUCACUCUGUGCUUAGUUCGAGAUACGGCAUGGGGGCAGAUCAGGUACUAUCAUACGAGGUCAUCACCCCUGGAGGCAAGUUCGUGACCGCGUCUCCUACCGAGAACGAAGAUCUUUAUUGGGCUUUAAGCGGCGGGGGAGGUGGAACGUACGGAAUCCUUUGGUCUGUCACCAUCAAAGCGUACCCAGAUGUUCCCGUCACCAUCGCAUCUCUAGCAUUCGCCACCCAGGGUAUCUCACAAGACACCUUCUGGAAAGCCAUCGCCGCUUACCAACACAAUACUCCUCGCCUCACUGACGCGAAGGUUUUCUCCUUCGCUGUCUACUCUCUUGCCGGAUUCAGUCUCGACCCCGUCUUCGCCCCAGGCCUCACUGUUGACGAAGUCAACGCGCUCUUGAAGCCAUUCAUUGAUGACCUCAACGAACUUGGCAUCCAAUACAUGCACUCUGUCAGCAACCAUCCCGGAUAUCUUGCUGCUUUUUCGAGCGUCCCCGCCUUCCAAGGCGCAGAAAUCGCCAACUUCCAGAUUGGUAACAGGUUGUUACCCCGGCGGUUGUGGGAGGACGAAUCGAGCUUCGAAGAUUUGAUGAAUACGUUGAAGUCCAUCGCAAAUCAAGGUGGUGCUUUGCUGGACAUUGCUGUGAGACCGACGCUGGAGGUAGCUGGGUACCCGGAUAAUGCUAUCCUCCCGGCAUGGAGGAACGCUGAGCGUACUAUGGGUGUCAUUACAAUGUUGGAUGAUCACCAAAGUUUGGAAAGCAUCUUUAACGAUCAGCACAAGGUCACACAUGAAUUUGCCGAAGCUCUACGCAGACUUGCCCCCGAGGCGGGCUCCUAUCUGAACGAGGCUUCUCCAAUCGAACCCAACGUCAAGCACGCGUUUUACGGCGCCAAUUAUGAUCGUCUUCUACAGAUCAAGGAUAAGUACGAUCCUCAUCAACUGCUGUAUGGAUCUAUCUCAGUGGGCGGAGACCGUUGGGAAGAGACAGCCGAAGGGCGACUGUGCAGGAGAGAUACUUCCGGUGGCAUGAUUAUUCAAUUCAGGCGUUACUUAGAGUCGAUGAAAGGGGAACUAUGA